AUGGAAGAAAUUGAAUACGAUUUAGAAUAUGAGAUAAUUGAAGAUUUAGGCAAAUUAUCUGAAACAGACUCAAUUUAUGAGCUUGAUAUUAAAGAGAUUGAGGAACCUGAAUAUGAACAGAUAUAUAUGACUCAAGAAAUUAUUGAUAUUGUUGAAACUACCUUAGAUAGUGAAGAAGGAACUUCACAAACUGUUAUGUUUGAUGAAGAGAGAUAUGGAGCUAUAAAAGAAAAACAGAUAUCUUUAAGAGAUAAAGAUGUUUUUAUUAGACCAAUGCUACCUUGGUUUAACAAAACUAUAUACAUUGCUAAAUAUGACGAAGUACCUAUUAACAUAGAAAAUGUUAAGGGCAAUACUACUAUACCUUUAAUUACAAGAGAAUGGGUUAAUAGUGAAUUAGCAAAUAUUAAAAGAUCCACUAGAGAAAGAUUAAAGAAUAUAGUGAUUGGAGGAAUCCAAAUCAUGAUUAAAGGAUACUUUAGAGAAGGAAUGGAUAUUCCUAUACAAAUAUAUUUAAUGGAUAACAGGAUACUUCAUGAUCCUAUGGACGCUCUAUUAGGAGUUAUCUUUGGAAAUCUUGUAUAUAAGAAAAUUAUAUUUACUAUAAGACCUGAAUUUGCCAUGUCUAUAUUAGAUGAAAACUUAAGUUUAGGACUAAAUCUAUAUCACAAAAUUGAUAUAUUAUGUAUGCCACCAAGAAGUAAAGCUGUAACUUUACAUUAUAAAGCUUUAUAUGCUUUUACUACUACACACCAAAAAGAAAUCAAUAAAAUUUCAAGAGAAUUCAUAGAAAUUCAUGAAUACUUUAAAAACCUAGCACAAUUUACAUCACUAAGAAUGCUAAGUGAUUAUAACAUUUCGUUAGCACAAGAGAUAUUACUUGAUUUUCAUCAACGAUCUAGAAGAAUAGACAGUAAUUUAGGUAAUCAAGGAUUAGCAACUUUGAAUACUUUUGGACAAUUUGUAGUUAGAAUGCCUAGUAGAAGAAUAGAAAGAAGUAUCAGUACUAGAGAACUCUCAAGCUCUAGUAGACCAUCUACAAGUAGAAAUUACCCAACUAUACCUAGAAAUAGUAUUGAUAUUGAUUUAAAAAAAAACUACUGUAUGAUAAGAUUUCAUGCAAUACUUGAUACUGGAUCAGGAAUUUGCCUAUGUAAUCGUGGUGAAUGUUAUACAGAAAUCAAUCAAAAACAAAGAAUUCCUGUAUUAAGAAUUAACGAGUUAGAAGAAGAGUUAGAAAAUAUUAAAAUUGAACUAAAAGAAUGUUAUCAUGAACAUCCCUUAGCGAAAUGGGACAAAGAUAAACCUAUGGCAACCAUUGAAUUAAAAAAUCCAGAUGUUAAGAUAUCAGAAAAACAAUUCCCUUAUAGCGAAGAAGAUAAAAAGGAAUUUGAAAUACAAAUUAAAGAACUUUAA